UCACGUGUGAUAUAAACGGUUCGGAACACCUGCAGUGUAAAAAACGCUAGUAGUUAUGGCGGACUCUGGAGAUUUGAGAGUAGUGGUCAAAAAUAGUUCAGCAAAACAGAAGUGAGAUCAGGAGUAAGUUCAUAAAAUAUCAAAGUUAACAUUUUUUGAAGGCUCAAAAUGACAAAAACGUUGUUUCACGGUUUUGUGACUCCGACAACAAACUGCGGCGGCUAGCUCUAAUGUUAGCAUGGUGCCUAAAGAAUGCCCUAGCCUAAAAGAUGGUAAACAGGGACAGGUCUCCUUAUUACAAAAUGCCAGCUGUGAAGAUUGGAAACUUUUGCUUUCCCAGCUGUAGAGACCGCCGAACCAGACAUAGGGACCAUACAGCUGUCCUUAACACCAAACCAGAAGAUCUAUACAACACUGUCCUGUUUAAAAUUUAAAUGUGGUGUCUUUGGCACUGUUCGCUCCUUUUGGCCUAAAGUGGAUCCAGGAUAACCAGGCGUACACACUUAUAAGGGCACUUUUCUUUUAGCUGUGCCCCAGAAUGACUCCGAUGCAGUAUAAUACAGAUGACACCAGAGCUGAUACACCCGUGUAGGUCGGCUGGUGCUGGGAAUGAGGUUCUUUAUGUGGACAUUUAUAUUGAUGAGCAUGAACCUCGUAGAGGAAUCCUGGACCUUCUCAGCAGACUGCGUCCUCACUGGAAGGAACAGAACAUUCAGAUGAAGACCUUCACAGAAGGCAUCACCAACCAGCUGAUUGGCUGCUAUGUGGGCUCCGUCCAGGAACCUGGCUGUGUUUUGGUUAGACUGUACGGCAGAAUGACGGAGCUCUAUGUGAACCGGGACCGGGAGAUGGAAAUGUUCCAAGUCUUCCAUGCCCAUGGCUGUGGUCCACAGAUCUUUUGCAGUUUCCAGAACGGCAUCUGCUAUGAGUUUGUUAGAGGAACAGUGCUGGACGACAAGCUGCUCCAACAACCCUCCAUCUACAGAUUGAUCGCAGCAGAGAUGGGGAGAAUCCACUCGAUCCAGCCAAAAUGUGGUCCUCCUGUAGAACCUCUUCUCUGGACCAAAAUGUUCCACUUUCUCACACUGGUGCAGGGCAAAAUCAACAGCAGCUCCACUGAGCAACAGUGUACAGAAAGUCCCGUUGCUCUACGAGAGGUGCCCAGCUUCGAAACUUUAUCAGCGGAAAUGGAGUCGUUGAAGAAGCACCUCUCACGGAUUGACUCGCCGGUUGUCCUCUGCCACAACGACCUUCUGACAAAAAACAUCAUCUACAAUCACAAAGAGGGAAUGGUGAAAUUCAUUGACUACGAGUACGCUGAUUACAACUACCAAGCCUUCGAUAUUGGCAAUCACUUCAAUGAAUUUGCUGGUGUGAAUGAUGUUAACUACAGCCUCUACCCGGGCCAGGAGCUGCAGAGGGACUGGCUGCUGGCCUAUCUGGAGAGUUACAAGCACAGCACAGGGCGCGAGGUCGCUGUUACAGAGGCAGAAGUUACACAGCUCUACAUUCAAGUCUGCAAAUUCUCACUAGCAUCCAACUUCUUCUGGGGUCUUUGGGCCAUCCUGCAGUCACACUACUCCUCUAUUGACUUUGACUUCCAAAGAUACGCCAUGGCACGACUCACCUUCUACUUUGAGAAGAAGGAGGAAUAUUUUGGCUUGCCAGUGAGUGAGAGAGAGGCUAGAGGAGCAGCAUUGUCUGGAAUGAGAUGUAGUGUUACCACUUUGUGGUCCAGAUGCGUUCCCAGGUGGUCCAGAUGCGUUCCCAGGUGCUCCAAAUGCGUUCCCAGGUGCUACAAAUGCGUUCCCAGGUGCUACAAAUACGUUCCUAGUAUCUUUUCUGACUGUGACUUACUGAAGGUGCUCUUACUACACUUCUGUUGGAUUUCACAUUACAGAACCAUUUCACGGUGUAAUAGCAGGUUAAACACUGCUGCAGCUUAUAGAAGUAGUAAGAGGUAACUUUUAUUUACAGGUGCUAUUUAAUACAGUAUACUUCAUAAUAAGUGUAAUGUAAUUUGCAUUACAUGUGAAGCAGUGGUGACACUAUACUACACAUCUUUGUCUCACACUUGAGUGUGUCUUGCAAGUCAUUAACCAAAUGUUUUCUGAAUGGGUAAAAUUCUCAUCAGUGUAUAAUGUAAUAGACAUUGUAAAGUACUUUGUAGUUUGAAAGGUGCUAUUAUUAUGUACUGUAUAAUGUAAUAUAUACUGUCUUACUGUUCUAAGAAGAGGGACCACUGCACUGUAAAACAUGCAGAAAUUUAGUAGAAUCAAAAAUUCUCUGACAUAGAGAAAGAAUAAAAAUAUUAAGAGACAGAAAUUAGCAGUGCAGUUAAAAGGUUCCACAUGUGUAACUUUUUACUCUGUGAUCUAAGGCAACGAGAUGUAAGAUUAAAAGCCGUCCUUAU